CCGGCGUCCCUCAAGUAGCUGCCGCGCGGCGCCAUGAGAGGCUUCUGGACAGCGCUGACGGCGCGCCGUCUCUUCCCCCUGCGGCUUCCUCCGCGGCCGCCCGGACCCCGGCUGUCGAGCGGGCCGGCGGCGGCGGAGGCGGGCGCCCUGGAGCGGGCCAUGGACGAGCUGCUGCGCCGCGCAGUGCCCGCCACGCCGGCCUACGAGCUGCGCGAGAAGACGCCGGCGCCGGCCGAGGGCCAGUGCGCCGACUUCGUGAGCUUCUACGGCGGCCUGGCCGAGGCGGCCGAGCGCGCCGAGCUGCUGAGCCGCCUGGCGCGGGGCUUCGGCGUGGACCACGGCCAGGUGGCCGAGCAGAGCGCCGGCGUGCUCCAGCUGCGCCAGCAGCCGCGGGAGGCGGCCGUGCUGCUGCAGGCCGAGGACCGGCUGCGCUACGCGCUGGUGCCGCGCUACCGCGGCCUCUUCCACCACAUCAGCAAGCUGGACGGCGGCGUGCGCUUCCUGGUGCGGCUGCGGGCCGACCUGCUCGAGGCGCAGGCGCUCAAGCUGGUGGAGGGGCCGCACGUCCGGGAGAUGAACGGAGUGCUGAAAGGCAUGCUCUCAGAGUGGUUCUCUUCGGGGUUCCUGAGCCUGGAACGGGUCACCUGGCACUCGCCGUGUGAGGUCCUGCAGAAAAUCAGCGAGUCUGAGGCCGUGCAUCCUGUGAAGAACUGGAUGGAUAUGAAACGACGCGUCGGGCCUUACAGGAGGUGUUACUUCUUUUCUCACUGUGCAAGCCCCGAGGAGCCCUUGGUCGUGCUGCACGUGGCGCUGACCAACGAGAUCUCCAGCAACAUCCAGGCCAUAGUGAAGGAGUGUCCCCCGUCGGAGACCGAGGAGGGGAGCCAGAUCUCUGCGGCCAUCUUCUACUCCAUCAGCCUGACGCAGCCCGGACUGCAGGGGGUAGAGCUGGGCACCUUCCUCGUCAAGCGAGUGCUCAAGGAGCUGCAGAGAGAGUUUCCUCAUCUCGGGACGUUCUCAAGUCUGUCUCCUAUCCCCGGCUUCACCAAGUGGCUUCUGGGGCUCCUGAACUCACAAGCAAAGGAACACGGGAGGAGUGAACUGCUCACAGAUUCCGAAUGUAAAGAAAUCUCGGAGAUCCUAGGCGGUCCCGUUAACGAGACCCUCAAGGUCUCACUCAGCAGCAGCGAGUGGGUGAAGUCUGAGAAGCUGGUCAGGGUGCUGCAGACCCCCUUGAUGAGGCUCUGUGCCUGGUACUUGUACGGAGAGAAGCACCGGGGCUACGCCCUGAACCCCGUGGCAAACUUCCACCUGCAGAACGGGGCUGUGCUGUGGCGCCUCAACUGGCUGGCCGACACGAGCCUCAAGGGCGUCACCGGCUCCUGCGGCCUGAUGGUCAACUACCGGUACUACCUGGAGGAGACGGCCGCCAACAGCACCAGCUACCUCUGCGCCAAGAACAUCAAGGCUUCCGAGCAGGUGCUCAGCCUCGUGGCCCAGUUUCACAAGAAUAGCAAACUUUAAACCUGCUCUCAAGCAAUGUCUCUGACUCAGAAAAGGAUAAUUUUCUGGAUGGGUUGGGGGGGGGUUGGGGUGGCGGAUUAUGGAUCAAAAGAGGCUUUUUUAGUAAAGCAGAGUUGAAGUGCGCUCUCCUGCCCAGAGCAGGGCCGCACCGGAAGGCUGUGUCCUAACUCCCAUCGCGAGAGAGCGAAGGCGUGGUGCCUGGAGCGCGAUGGGGGCUCCGGUGGACGCGGGGUGGGUGGGUGUGCUCUCCCCAGAAGAGCGGCCUGGCCCGCUGCCAGAGGGGGUGCGGUGGCACCUCCAUCUUUAGAAAGGUCUAGAGUCUCUGCUGGCUGUCGUCCCGCGGCGGACCGGGCAGCCUCGCGAGGACCCCGGCAGGUGGCCCAGGUGAGAGUAGAUGUUCCCUCGAGCUUAGAAUGUGAUUCAGCCGUGGUUGUCUUAGCCGAUUCUCUCCACUCGCCGCACGGGGAUAGCGGGCUGUGCUCCAUUUCGCUUAGAUUUGGGAGACGCUGAAUGUAUGAAAGUGUUGGUGACUACACACCGUUUGCCAAAAUCGCCGAGCACGCAAGGCGUGGUUGCCUGGGGCUUAAACCGGAUCGGAGACGAAGACUGCGGUGCUGCAGGCUUCCAGUGAUCCUCGUAGUACAGAACGGUUUUGUUCUGCGAAGCAUUAAAUACGUGGUUAUUUAA